GUCCGAAGGCCAGACUGGUACAGCAAGCCGGAUAUGGACAUACAAGUCGUAAGUGAUCUACAGGAAUUCGAAGCAUCUUUGCUGAUCUUUGCGCACUCAAAUUGCACAACAAAUGUCAUCAAGCAAUACCUCCAGGGCACGAUUCCGGAGGAUAAGAAUAGUGAUGAUCCCGAUGUAGUCUGCGAAGUUGACAUUGGUCCAUUUGCCGGAAAUACUCCUUGGAAUAUCACGACAUCCAAAAAUGGUGAUCAGUACACUUCAGGCCCAACUGACCCAGGCCUCAUCAAUUUCCCCGGCAUCAAUCCACCGCCUCUUGCGGUUGUGGACAACAGCCAAAGUGGUACGACUAGGACCUCCAGGCUCGGGUGGUGGGCCGCCGUUUUGACGAGCUUUACUUUGUUCCUGUCGAUGGCGUAA